AUGGAGAAGCUCAAGGCUGGUAUAAAUGAGAAAGCGCCCAAAGCUGAUCCACCUCUCAGUCCCUCAUCUCAACAGAGUCCCCCCUUCAACGAGAGCAAUCUCCCAGCAAACCGCACAUCCGCCGCCUUCCCCCUCCCCGUCCCAACGCUCGACCUUGACUUUCGCAUCGUCGUCGACCUCAACCCCCUGAUUCCCGUCGGCGUCGGCCCGUUUGGCCAGCGGAACUGGAUCUCCUUCUCCGGGGGCGCCUUUUCGGCCAAGUGGGGCAGCGGUACCGUCGUCGCCGGCGGGCAGGACAGUCAGAUUGUCGUCAACGAGACGCUGAGUACCGCCGUCGAAACGUCCUACUUGUUGAAGACGGACGAUGAGACGCCGGCUUACAUCAAUGUCAAGACGACGGGCUGGCGGACCGGGCCGAGGGAGGUGAUGGAGAGGCUGUUUGACCCGACUAGGGCGAAUGAUGUCAAGCCGGAGGAGUAUAGCUUCCGUUUGAACGUCAAGAUGGAGACGGGGGAUGAGCGGUACAAGGAUACCGUGAACACCGCCAUGUGGGUUGGGAGUGGUGCUCGUUUGGGAGCUACGGUCAUCUAUGAUGCUUACCGCGUGGUGUGA